AUGUAUACAGUGAGCAUUUGUAGAGGCAAACAUGCCGAAGACAUAUUUGGUGAAUUGUUUAAUGAGGCCAACAGCUUCUACAUCAGAGCAAAUUCCCUUCAAGACAGAAUUGAUCGCCUUGCUGUCAAAGUUACCCAGCUGGAUUCAACGGUAGAAGAGGUAUCGUUACAGGAUAUCAACAUGAAAAAAGCAUUCAAGAGCUCGACAAUUCAAGAUCAGCAGGUAGUUUCAAAGAACAGCAUUCCUAACCCGGUGGCUGAUAUUUAUAAUCAGAGUGACAAACCACCACCUCUGAACAUUCUUUCACCUUAUAGGGAUGAUAAGAAAGAUGGAUUGAAGUUCUAUACUGAUCCUUCCUAUUUUUUUGAUCUUUGGAAAGAGAAAAUGUUACAAGAUACUGAAGAUAAGCGAAAAGAAAAGAGGCGACAAAAGAGAGAGAAACACAAGCUGAAUCCAAACAGAAACCAGCAAAUUAAUGUGAGAAAAGUAAGAACAAGAAAAGAAGAGUGGGAGAGAAGGAAAAUGGGCAUUGAGUUCAUGAGUGACGCAAAGAAAAUGGAACAGGCAGGAAGCAUGAAAGAGGACAAAAUGCCCAAAGGGUCCCAUGCAUCUGAUGUUACAGAUUAUUCUUAUCCUGCUACUCCGAAUCAUUCCCUCCAUCAGCAGAUAGCAAUGCCUUCAUAUGGGACAGGAGAUGGUCCACAGUACAUGGCAGCAUCCCAAAGCCAUGAGCAUGAAUACAGACCACCUUCCACCACUGUACGACAUGCUACUUUAAACAGACCUCAGCAACCACCUCCACCUCCACCCCAGCCUUCAGAUGGCCAACAUAGCUCAGUACCUGUGGUACCAGCAGAAUAUGGGAUGCUUCCAGCUCAGAUGGUGGAUUAUUACAAUCCUACAGGUCCUCCCCCUCCUCCUCCUCCCCCUGUGAUUCCUUCAGCACAAACUGCAUUUGUUAGUCCCCUUCAGCUUCCUGUGCCACCUUCCCAUUCUGGACUGGUGACUGGCUCCACGUAUGCAGCUGCUCAUCCUCCUCCUUCUAGUGGGCUUGUUGUCACUGCUCCUCCUCCUCCUGGCCCACCUCCUCCUCCUCCUGGCCCUCCUGCUACAGGUUCAUCCCUCUCUUCCUCCCCAAUGCAUGCUCCUCCAGCUGUGGAGGCAAAACGUCACGAACCUGCACAGCCGCCAAUAAGUGAUGCACGGAGCGAUCUUCUUGCUGCCAUUCGAAUGGGAAUUCAGCUGAAAAAGGUGCAGGAGCAACGUGAGCAAGAAGCAAAGCGUGAGCCUGUUGGAAAUGAUGUGGCAACCAUCCUUUCGAGACGCAUUGCUGUGGAAUACAGUGAUUCCGAUGAUGACUCAGAGUUUGAUGAGAACGACUGGUCAGAUUGAACCUGGUCCGAGCCCGGUGGCAAGUUCAUGAAAUACUUGGGUUCAGUGAUUGCUUUCUUAGCAAGGUGUAAAGCAGGAUGUUGAUGUGUAUUAAGGCUAGUGAUCGAAGUGCUGAAUUUGAAUUGGUAUUAUUCGGAAUACUGUAGCUUAGCAACUCUGGUAAUAACGAUGUGAUUAUGCUUACGCAGAUCAGAAACUUGUCUUACUUUCAGUAUUUACCGCAUAAUACUUAAGUGCCACUAAAUGUAGCAAAUCAUGUGCUGCGUGCAAAAUAUGCUGCAGUUGUUGCACUGUUACAGAACCAGCAUUUUAUUUUACUUUCCUGAUCUCGAAGGGAUAAAAUAUAUUUUUUUGACUUUACAUCUUAUUCUUUUAAUUAUGUAAGCAACUUAGGUACUUGUGAAUUGGUCUGGUUGUUAGUCUUUGAAGGCAGUUAACUAUAUGACUGAAGUGUUGAAUUCCGUAAAUAUGACUUUUAGCUUUUUUAUUAGUUACUAAUUAUGCCCACCUUAGUCUAUUUUUAAUCACUUCUGGGCUUAGAUGUUUUUGCAUACAGGAUUAAUUUUAUAUUAUCUUUCUUUUUAUCUUUAAAAUGUAGCAGGUGAUGAAAUAUAUGAUUUGAAGAAUGAAUCCAUGUGAUCGAAAAUAACAUUUUGUGAGCAGACUGGAUAAGUUUGUAACGCUGCCAGCUCUAGGUUGCUGGCUGCGUGUAGCGUAAGGUGCUGGGGCGUCUCAGGUAGGUAGGGAGCAGGAUGCAGGUCCAUGCUACACAUGAAAG